AUGUCUCUCCAGGUCGACGACCAUAGUCGUCGUACCCGCUCGCGCUCCCCGGGCCGUCGCGAGCGCAGUCGCAGUCGCGGCCCCGCGCCCCCUGCCAUGGUCGACCCCCCGCGGGAGCCCAGCUACGGUUACCCGGAGGACGACCUUGACGACAGGUAUGCCCGGGACCGGGGGGACCGGGACAGAGCCGCGCGCGUUGUUACCGCCGAACCAGGUUCCGGCACCACCAUGUCGGGGGCCAUCCCCUAUCCGGAAGACACCAGCGACGCAAUGUUCCCCGGCACCAAGUCUCUCUACGACUACGAUGACCGCCGCGCUGCUCCGUCCUACCGCCCACCUCCGUCUCCCCAGGAUAGCUACUACCGCAACUCGCGCGAAACCUAUGAAGACCAGCACGCGCGCACUCCCGAACCACGCGAUGACGACAAGUUGAAAUACCUCCCAGCCAAGUACAGCAAUCAUAGCCGCAGCAGCAGCAAGUACGGCAAUGAGGCCGAGUACCCGCCCUCUAGACCCCCUCGUUCAGACACGGCCGACCUGUACCCCCCUCCGAAGCCUCCUCGCCCUGUCUCCCCCGGCGGCUACGCCUACGCCCAGCCCCAGCCUUAUGAGUAUGCAAAGCCCGACGAGAAGGCCAAAAGGAAGGAGGAGAAGAAGAAGGCACUGGAGGAGAACCUCGCGUACGGCUUCGAUCCCCACGCGUCCAGGCCGGGCUUGGCUCCUGAGCCCCGGUACUCUGGCCGCGCGCCGAGUCCAGGGCCGCAGAUCUCAGCCGGCGCCCAGGCCUACUACGGCAACGAUCCUCGCGUCUCAUCCAACAUCUUGACCGUUGAGCCCGGCAGCCGCAUGCGCGACAAGUCGCCUCAGCCGCCGACCCAUCGCAUGUCCAACUUGUCUGUAAACACGGGCCAUCACGCACUGAACAUGAGCAUGUCGUUGGCGAACGCGCCGGGAUCGCCGUUGCUGGAGUCGUAUCACGGCACAUACCAAGACAUGUCGCCGAUGCCAUCACCAAUGCUGCUGGCCUCCUCGUCGCAGGAUUUGCAGGUCAUGGAGCCACUCUCCCCAAUUGGCUCCGACGACGAGGGCAGGCGACGUCGGCGGGCGCGGUUUCACGACAUCGAAGACGAUGCCGCGAGAAUCGCAAAGGCGCUUCGCAGCGACAGGAAACACCCGGAUCCCGAGCCCCUGAUUGAGAUUCUUCCGGGCCUUACCCACGACCAGGUGAUGGAUCUUCGCAGGGAGUACAAGGCGCUCGUCAAGACCGGCUCGGACCGCAAAGGUGUUAACGUGGCCAAGCACAUCCGCUCCCGCCUCAAGGACGCCGAGCCGAACCUCAUGAAGGCCUGCUACUCUACCGCGCUGGGACAAUGGGAGAGCGAGGCAUACUGGGCCAACUUCUGGUACCAAGGCGACAAGACGCGGCGGGAGCUCCUCAUCGAAUCCCUCAUGGGCCGCACGAACCAUGAGAUCCGCCUCAUCAAGGACGGCUUCAGCGACAAGAAGUACGACAACAGCCUGACCAAGUGCAUGAAGACGGAGUUGAAGGAGGACAAGUUCAAGAAGGCCGUGCUCCUGGUGCUCGAGGAGCGCAGGAUGGAGGAGUAUGAUCCCUACGGCCGCCGCCUGGCCAUUGACUACCACCUUGUCGAAGACGACGUGGCGGAUCUGCGCAAGGCCGUCAAGUCGGAAAAGGGCGGCGAGUCGCUCAUGAUCAGCAUAGUCGUGCAGAGAAGCGACUCGCAUCUCCGCGAGGUGCUCAAGCUGUACGAGCGGACGUACAGAUCCAACUUUGCGCGUGACGCGCUCAAAAAGAGCGGUAACCUUGUGGGAGAACUACUGGCCCACGUCCUCAACGGCGUCAUCAACAAGCCCGUCCGCGACGCCCUGCUCGUCCACCACGCCCUCACGGCGAGCCGCAAGGACGCCCUGCGCCGCGAGCUGCUCAUCUCACGCCUCGUCCGCUUCCACUGGGACCGCCACCACCUUGAGGCCAUCAAGCGCGCCUACCGCGAGCGCUACGGCCGCGACAUGCAGGAGGCUGUCCGGGAGGGCACGAGCGGCGAUUGGGGUCUCUUCUGCCGGGAGCUGUGCAUCUACCGCAUGCCGAACGACGUUAAGAGCUACGAGAAGGUACCGGUGCAAGUCCGGUGA